AUGAGGACCUUCGGACACAACACCAUAGACGCCGUGCCCAACAUCGAGUUCUACCGGCAGACUGCUGCGCCGUUUGGGGAGAAGAUGACCAGACCGUCGCUGUCGGAGCUGCACGACGAACUCGAUAAAGAGCCGUUUGAGGAGGGCCUGGCCAAUGGGGAAGAGCGAUCGGCGGCUGAGGAGGCGGCGGCGGCGUUGGCGGCGAAGCAGGCGAAAGGAGGGACCAUCAAGUUUGGCUGGGUGAAGGGAGUCUUGAUCCGCUGCAUGCUGAACAUCUGGGGUGUGAUGCUCUUCAUCAGAAUGUCCUGGAUUGUCGGACAGGCCGGAAUUGGGCUGACCAUCGCGAUCAUUCUGAUGGCCACUCUGGUCACCACCAUCACUGGUCUGUCCACCUCUGCUAUAGCAACCAACGGCUUCGUACGAGGAGGAGGGGCGUACUACCUGAUCUCCAGGAGUCUGGGGCCGGAGUUCGGCGGCUCCAUCGGUCUGAUCUUCGCCUUCGCCAACGCCGUGGCUGUGGCCAUGUACGUCGUAGGCUUCGCCGAGACAGUCGUUGAGAUGCUUAAUGAUGUUGACGCCCUGAUGACCGAUGAACUAAAUGACAUUCGCAUCGUUGGGACUCUGACCGUCAUCCUGCUGCUGGGAAUCUCUGUGGCUGGGAUGGAGUGGGAAGCCAAGGCUCAGAUUGUCCUCCUGAUCAUCCUGCUGGGAGCCAUCGUUAACUACUUCAUAGGAAGCUUCCUGCCCACAGAAAGCAAAGAGCCCAAAGGAUUCUUCGGCUACCACACGGCCAUCCUCCUAGAGAACUUGGGUCCAGACUUCAGAGAGGAGGAGACGUUCUUCUCUGUGUUCGCCAUCUUCUUCCCAGCAGCCACCGGGAUCCUGGCUGGAGCCAACAUCUCUGGAGACCUCACUGACCCUCAGUCAGCGAUCCCUAAAGGAACCCUGCUGGCCAUCGUCAUCACAGGAGUCACCUACGUGGCCGUCACCAUCUCUGCAGGAUCUUGCAUUGUGAGAGAUGCAACUGGCGACCACAACGACACGGUGAGCGACACGGUGAACUGCACCGACGCCGCCUGCACGCUGGGCUACGACUUCUCCAUCUGCAAGGAGGGAGGCUGUCAGUACGGCCUGAUGAACGACUUCCAGGUGAUGAGUCUGGUGUCGGGCUUCGGUCCUCUGAUCACGGCCGGGAUUUUUUCAGCCACUCUGUCCUCAGCUCUGGCCUCGUUGGUCAGUGCACCCAAAGUCUUCCAGGCUCUGUGUAAGGACAACAUCUAUCCAGGGCUGGGCGUUUUUGCAAAGGGUUAUGGGAAGAACAACGAGCCUCUCCGUGGUUACGUCCUGACCUUCUGCAUUGGCCUCGCGUUCAUCCUCAUUGCGGAGUUGAACAUCAUCGCUCCCAUAAUCUCCAACUUCUUCCUGGCCUCCUACGCUCUCAUCAACUUCUCCGUCUUCCAUGCCUCCAUGGCCAACUCUCCAGGGUGGCGCCCCAGCUUCAAAUACUUCAACAUGUGGGUGUCUCUUCUUGGGGCGGUCCUGUGCUGCGUGGUGAUGUUUGUGAUCAACUGGUGGGCAGCUCUGGUGACUCUGCUCAUCGUCCUCGCUCUCUACAUCUACGUCAGCUACAAGAAACCCGAUGUGAACUGGGGUUCAUCCACUCAGGCUCUGAUGUACAACCAGGCUCUGACUCACUGUCUGAACCUCACCGGAGUCGAGGACCACGUUAAAAACUUCAGGCCACAGUGUCUGGUGCUGACUGGUUAUCCGAACUCUCGUCCUGCUCUGCUCCAGCUGGUUCAUUCUUUCACCAAGAACGUGGGUCUCAUGGUCUGCGGUCACAUCAAGACUGUGUCCCGCCGGCCGAACUUUAAGGAUUUGUCCCAGGACCACGCCCGCUGUCAGCGCUGGCUCAGUGAAAAACGCAUCAAGGCCUUUUACACUCCCGUUUUCUCCGACAACCUGAGGCACGGGACGCAGCUCCUCCUGCAGGCUGUUGGUUUGGGUCGUCUGAAGCCCAAUACGCUGGUCAUGGGUUUCAAGAACAACUGGAGUGAUGGAGACAUGAGAGACUUGGAGCUUUACAUCAACACUAUACAUGACGCCUUCGACCUGCAGUUUGGAGUGGUGAUCCUCCGACUGCAGGAAGGACUGGACGUCUCUCACAUCCAGGGACAAGACGAGCUGCUGUCGUCCCACGAGAAGCCACCGGUGGGCAGUAGGGAGGUGGUGGUUUCUGUCAGUCUGGCUAAGGACUCAGACUCGGACUGCUGUCCUUCAAAAACCACCAGCAACCAGAGCAGCCCGCUCAUCAUGAGAGAGACCAAGUCUCCUCUGAGCCUGACUGACCAGCGCCUGUUGGAGUCCAGCCAGCAGUUUAAGAAGAAACAGGGCAAAGGAACCAUAGAUGUCUGGUGGCUGUUUGAUGACGGAGGUCUGACUCUGCUGAUUCCCUACCUGCUGACCAACCGGAGCAAGUGGGGCGACUGCAGGAUCCGCGUCUUCAUCGGCGGAAAGAUCAACCGCAUCGACCACGACCGCCGAGUGAUGGCCACGCUGCUCAGCAGGUUCAGAAUCGACUUCUCCGACAUCAGUGUCCUCGGGGACAUCAACACCAAACCCAAGAAACACAAUAAGCUGACUUUUAAGGAGCUGAUCGAGCCAUACAGGCUGAAGGAGGACGACAUGGAGCAGGAGGCUGCAGAGAGGCUGAAGGCCCAGGAGCCGUGGAGGAUCACCGACAACGAGCUGGAGCUCUACAAGGCCAAGACCAACCGUCAGAUCCGGCUGAACGAGCUGCUGAAGGAACACUCCAGCGCCGCCAAACUCAUCGUCAUGAGCCUGCCUUUGGCCAGGAAGGGCACCGUGUCGAGCGCUCUCUACAUGUGCUGGCUGGAAACGCUGUCCAAAGACCUCCCGCCUCUGCUGCUGGUCCGGGGAAACCACCAGAGCGUCCUGACCUUUUACUCCUAACACACACACACACACACACACACAAAAACAUAUGUACAGUGUCCACACGCAACACGUGUGUAUGUAUUACGGUUUUCCGCAGCCUUCAUCCGCAGACAGAAAUAUUACCACGCUUUCAAGAUUCACCAACGUGAAACUGUGACAAGAGAAAAGUGUUAAAAGUCUAAUGUUGUGUUUCCAUUCAGCUUAAUCUGACAACAUUUCUGUCUCAUCCACAAACUAAUCGACCCCAUCAACUUUGACAUGGCUGGGCCUUUUCUCUCCGACAGUAACGGGCCAUAUGCUCCGUGUGUUUCACAUGAAUGAGUGCAAAUAUUAACUUGUUGUGUCCAGUUUUAAGGUUUACCUGUGAUGAUAAAACCCCUGAUUGCAGAGUGUGUGUCGGUGUUCAGGUGGCUCUGUGUCUCUGGUAACGUCAUUUUUGUACAUUAUUUUAUU